GCCCCGCGGAGGGCCGCGCACGCGCCGCAGGUGUGGCGGGUGUGGCCGGGGCGGGGAGGCGAGGAGGAAGAACUUGGAAAGAUGUCUGCAUUCUGCACUGUGAAAGCUGAGUCUGCAGUGUUUAAAGGAAAAUACUUGCAGACAGCAAGUAAGAAGUUUGCUGAAAUAUUACAAAUUUUAAAGGGCACAUUCCAACACUGAAUGAUGAAAGAGUUUGAGACUCUGCUAGCACUGGUUUUAGAAGACUUACUGGGAGAAAGAUACUGCAAGCUGAAAGAAUCCAUUGGGUUUUUGAAACAAGUAUAAAUUCCUGCUCCUGCCCAAGCUGCUGAUUGUGUGACAUGAUAAAAUGAAAAUCCCCCCCCCAAUUUCCCUGGUCAUUUCAAGUCAUAGUGCACUGCCUCUCUUCUGUUCUGACACAAUUGACUGUGAAGCUAGACGGUGAACUGAAUCAAGCAACUGACAGACUCUUACUUUGUGGAAGAUCUGAUCAAAUUUGCAAGUUGUUUUCAGGUGGACAGUUGUUUUCAGUAUUUGUGAAACUCUUUGAAAUGCUGGAUUUUCACGUCCUUGUUCAGGAAGUAUUCGUGAAUUGACAUGGGUCAACAUACUUCUCGUUACGAGGCAAAAAUUUCUUUGCUGUUGGCAUAGACUGGAAGUCGAAGGUAGAAGGGAAACAGAUAUCGGAGAGAAGGGGAAGAAAAGAAAAGCUGCUAACUGAGCUGGUACUGAGCUGAUUAUCAAGUGAUCUGACAUUCACCAAGGAGACGAGCAAAAAUCUUCCUUGCGUACAUGAAUCCUUUAGUGAUCCCUUGAUCUGAUACUCCCCCCUGGGGAGAAUUGGACACCAUGAAGCAGAAAUUGAUGUCAUCAAUUCAAAUUAUAUUGUUACUUCCUCUGACUGCAAUGGGACUAACUGGUCAAUCAUAUCCUGGAAAACCUAAGAUAAUAAGAUGUCGUUCUCUAGAAAAGGAAACCUUUUCUUGUUGGUGGAAGCCUGGUUCAGAUGGAGGACUUCCUACCAAUUACACCCUGUUCUACAGCAAGGACAGUGAAGAAAAAAUCUAUGAAUGUCCAGACUACAGAACAUCUGGUCCCAAUUCCUGUUACUUCAAUAAAAACCACACUAAUCCAUGGACAACGUAUAAUAUCACUGUAACAGCAACGAAUGAGAUUGGAAGUAACAGCUCGGAUCCUCAGUAUGUGGAUGUAACCUCAAUAGUUCAGCCAGAUUCUCCUGUGAAUCUCACUCUAGAAGCAAAAGCAUCUGCUAGUAUAACCUACCUUUGGGCAAAAUGGUCUCCACCUCCAUUAGCUGAUGCCAGCUUUAAUUCACGUGCGUAUCACUAUGAACUACGACUAAAACCUGAGGAAAAGGAAGAGUGGGAAGAGACAGUAUCUGUUGGAAUGCAGACACAAUACAAAGUGAGUAGGUUAAAUGCUGGGAUGAGGUACAUUGUUCAGGUCCGUUGCAUGUUAGACCUUGGAGAAUGGAGUGAAUGGAGCUCUGAAAAACGCAUUCAGAUCCCCAGUGAAGAGUCACCUCCUGAAAAGCCUACAAUAGUAAAAUGCCGUUCUCCAGAGAAGGAAACAUUUACCUGUUGGUGGAAACCUGGUUCAGAUGGAGGACGUCCUACCAACUACACUUUACUUUACAGCAAAGAAGGAGAAGAACAAGUUUAUGAAUGUCCAGAUUACAGAACUGCAGGCCCUAAUUCCUGCUACUUUGAUAAAAAACACACCUCUUUCUGGACCAUAUACAAUAUUACUGUCAGGGCAACUAAUGAAAUAGGAAGUAACAGCUCUGAUCCUCAUUAUGUGGAUGUGACUUACAUAGUCCAGCCUGAUCCUCCUGUGAAUGUAACUCUAGAAUUAAAAAAGCCAAUGAAUAGAAAACCGUAUCUGGUCUUGACAUGGUCUCCACCCCCACUGGCUGAUGUCAGAUCUGGAUGGCUUACCCUUGAAUACGAGUUGCGACUAAAGCCUGAAGAAGGAGAGGAAUGGGAGACUAUUUUUGUUGGACAGCAAACACAAUAUAAAAUGUUUAGUUUAAAUCCAGGAAAGAAGUACAUUGUACAGAUUCACUGCAAACCAGACCACCAUGGAUCAUGGAGUGAAUGGAGCUCAGAAAAGUAUAUUCAGAUCCCUAAUGAUUUCAGAGUAAAAGAUAUGAUUGUGUGGAUCAUCGUGGGUGUCUUGUCAUCUCUUAUAUGUUUAAUCAUGAGCUGGACAAUGGUUUUAAAAGGGUACAGAAUGAUAGCCUUUAUCUUACCACCAGUUCCAGGACCGAAAAUAAAAGGCAUUGAUACACAUCUGUUAGAGACAGGGAAAUCUGAAGAAUUAUUGAGUGCUCUUGGUUGCCAUGGUUUCCCUCCAACAUCAGACUGUGAGGAGCUACUGAUAGAAUACCUAGAGGUAGAGGACAGUGAGGAUCAGCAACUCAUGCCAAGUCACAACAAUGGUAAUCCCAGUAAAAAAGCAAAAAUGACACCCAAGGAAACAGACAGUGACUCAGGACGAGGGAGCUGCGAUAGCCCUUCUCUGCUUUCUGAGAAGUGCAGGGAGUCCCGUGCCCUUCCAUCAACACUUCAAACACAAGAUGUAAGAGAUGUUCAAGAAAAUAAAGCUGUGAAAAGGAGCUGGGAAACUCAGUGUGUAGCCUUAGAACGGAAAACGCUCCUUUCUAACAGUGAGAGCACAAAAUCAUCCACGUGGCCUGCUGCUCAAUUACCUGAUAAUCAGCCUCCUAUGUUUGCCUACCACAGCAUUGUAGAUGCACGUAAAAUAACACUGAUCACCACAAAUAUGAACAUUGCCCCAGUUUUGGUGGAAAAUGAAGAAAAGCAUCAGUCACGAUAUUCUGUUACUGAAACCGUCCCUGGAGACAUGGAAGAACAAGGAGAGAUGGAGAAUUUGCAUUCCAAAACUGAGCAAACCGCAGUGCAGGUCAAACAAAACAGACCUAAUGAAAAGUCACCUUUUUUGGAUGCUACACUAAUGGAUUACGUAGAAGUCCACAAAGUCAAGCAGGAUGAGGAGCCAGCAGUAUUACUGAAACAUAAAGAAAAUAGUGGAAAGACUGAAAAUUACACUGUUCCAGGAACCAGCAAAGAAUAUACAAAGGUCUCAACAGUUGUGGACCAUAAUAUUCUAGUAUUGAUGCCAGAUUCACGAGUCCAGCACAUACCUAUGUCUCAAGAACCUGCAAAAGAAACAUCUCAGAACCUUCAGCAAGGUCAAGCUGAGAAAAAUAUGAGCUACUGUCUGACAGCUCCAAGUGACUGCAAAAGAGAGACUAGUGGAUCGGAGUAUAUGGACCCAUCCUCCUUUAUGCCCUCUUUUAAAUAACUAAAAGUUUGUUCACUUUUCAUCAGGUAAUGCUACAGAAUGAGUCAAAUACAAUCAGUAUAAUAAUGCAGCGGCUUAAGAUUAUGCUACUAUGUCACAAUUGUAGCUUACACCAUCUUCUGGCUGACAAGUCUGUGAUUUACAUAUCGAUUUUGUUAAUAGUUAUGUACAGUAAAAUAAAACCACACAGCAAAUAGUUCCCUAAAAACAAACAAACCAAAAAAAAAACCCUAGCCUCCUAUGUGUAUUAUACAGAGAAUAAUAAACUGUGGGUUGAUA